AUGACCGGGGAGGUCACGCGUCUGCGUGAACAAGUGUCGGCCUAUGAUGCUCGCUUUUCCCAAUACAACCAGGGCCUCACAGACAACAAUGACUACAUUGCCGACCUAGAGAAGCAGUGGGCCGCUUUCACCCUGCAGAAUCAAGACCAGUUUUGUGGUUGCUCAUUUUGCAGGCUCUUGGUCGACUACCUCCUUACUGUCGUUGCCGCUUCUCCAGUGACAAUUGGUGUACGCCAAUCAUUUGUUGAGGAGAAGAGGUCUACGAACACUCGAGGAAAUGCCAAGGGGAGAUUUCAAUCUGGAAGGGGUUCUGGAUUCAGAAAUGAGGGAGUAAGAGGACGUGGGAACUACGGAGGUGGAAGGGGUUACGGCAGGGGUGAUUUCAAUGGCAGGGGCGAGUUUGGUGGCAGGGGUGGGAGGUCCUCAAAUCGUGACGGAUAUCAGAGGUCAGAAAACAUGAGCAGCAAUGGAGGCGGAGCAGCAGCAAGAGAGAUGGAGGCGAUUGGGAAGGUGGCGGGGAGGGAGGCGGCGGAGCAGUAG